AUGAAGAAGAUAAGGGCUCUUUUGGUGUUCUUGUUAGUCUGUCUGUGCGUGUUGACCCUUUCGUCUGGUUCCGAACCAGAACUAGAUGCAUUGCCAGAGAAGAGGAUUUUCGAUACGGGAGGACUGUCCAGAAAGAGCUUCCCAAAAGGUUUCAUCUUUGGGACUGCGACGUCGGCGUAUCAGGUCGAAGGCAUGGCUAGCAAAGAUGGCAGAGGUCCCAGCAUCUGGGACGCCUUCGUCAAAAUUCCAGGAAUGAUUGCGAAUAAUGCAACUGCUGAGGUUGCGGUGGACCAGUAUCACCGCUACAAGGAGGAUGUGAAUAUCAUGGCAAAGUUGAACUUUGAUGCAUAUCGAUUCUCAAUUUCCUGGUCUAGGAUUUUCCCAAAUGGAUCUGGGAAGGUCAAUUGGAAGGGAGUUGCUUAUUACAAUAGGUUGAUUAAUUACUUGCUUCUGAGAGGCAUUAUUCCAUAUGCAAAUCUGUAUCACUAUGAUCUUCCAUUGGCGCUCGAGCAGAAAUACGGAGGACUAUUAAACCGCCAAGUAGUGGAAGACUAUGCCAAUUAUGCCGAAUUCUGUUUCAAGACAUUUGGAGAUAGAGUGAAGAAUUGGAUGACAUUCAAUGAGCCAAGGGUUGUAGCUGCACUUGGUUAUGAUAAUGGGAUCUUUGCUCCAGCAAGAUGUUCCCAACCAUUUGGAAACUGUACAGCUGGGAAUUCUGCUACUGAACCUUAUAUUGUAGCCCAUAAUCUGCUUUUGUCCCAUGCAACUGCAGUUAAGAGAUACCGGGAGAAGUAUCAGGCAGAACAGAAGGGGCGGAUUGGAAUUCUCCUGGAUUUUGUUUGGUAUGAACCUCUUACUAGAGGAAAGGCUGACCAACUAGCAGCCCAAAGAGCUAGGGACUUUCAUGUUGGAUGGUUCCUUCAUCCCAUUGUAUAUGGUGAAUACCCGAGAACAAUGCAGGAUAUCGUGGGAAAAAGGCUUCCCAAAUUCGCAGAAGAAGAAGUUGAAAUGGUGAAGGGUUCAUCAGAUUUUGUGGGUAUUAAUGAGUACACUGCUUACUACAUGUAUGAUCCUCAUCAGACCAACUACAUUCCAGGCUAUCAGAAUGACUGGCAUUGUGGAUUUGCUUUUGCUCGCAAGGGGGUACCUAUUGGACCAAAGGCAAAUUCUUAUUGGUUGUAUGAUGUACCAUGGGGCAUGUACAAGGUUUUGACCUAUGUGAAAGAGCAUUAUGGGAAUCCAACUGUUAUUCUAUCAGAGAAUGGCAUGGAUGAUCCUGGUAAUGUUACUAUCCCCAAUGGAUUGUAUGACACCACAAGAAUUAACUUCUACAAGGGCUAUUUGACUCAACUCAAGAAGGCAAUUGAUGAUGGAGCUAACGUAAUUGGCUACUUUGCGUGGUCGUUGCUUGACAAUUUUGAAUGGAAAUCAGGGUACACAUCAAGGUUUGGCAUUGUCUACGUUGACUACAAAGAUCUCAGGAGGUAUCCAAAGUUGUCUUCCCAAUGGUUCAAGCAAUUACUUGAGAGGAAUUAAUCGGCAUCUUUCUUACUUCGGUAUUAUUUCUUUCAUAAUCAUAGUACAUGAAUUAAUGAAUGAAUAAGAAAGCUUGGAUUUCUCUUC